GUGGAAACGAUUUCGACCAAUGGGAGGGAGUGUUGAUAGCUGUGUUUAAAGGUCUGGCUGCUUUUGUAGUCGUGUAGUGUAAUUUCUUUCAUCUAUUUUCUUUUUCACUACUUGUUUUGUUUUGCAAUCAAACUAACAAGCACCCAACUAUGUCUGUAAAUAUGGAUGAAAGCAACGACAGUGUUUUACAAGAAUACGACGAUUAUGAACCCUGUAUCUGCAUCGUUUGCUUUCAAGAAUUCGAGCAUUAUGACGAGCUAGAAGAACACUGUCAAAUCCACAACGGUGGCAAACCACCCUGCUGCGAAAUUUGUAACCAAAGUUUUCUGAAUGAAGCGGAUUUAAACGAGCACCAGGUUGUACAUUUUCCUGAUAAGCUGAUCGUCUGCGAUAUUUGUGGUAAAGGCUUCAAAUCUCGCAAUAGCUUUCGGGAUCAUUACAUUUCUCAUACAGGGGAGCGGCGACACACAUGUGAUGUUUGCAAUAAAAGUUUUACUCACCUUAAAACCUUAAAAAACCACUUAAUUACCCACAGUGGGGAGAAGCCUUAUGUCUGUAAUAUAUGUAAUAGGAGCUUCACGCAAAGAACAAACCUUAAACGUCAUUACCUCAUCCAUGCAGGGGAGAAACCACAUAUGUGCAAUAUAUGCAAUGAAUUAUUUCCUGACCCUGAUUCUUUGAAAGAUCAUUACAUGUCGCAUACAGGUGACAAACCAGUAUGCGAUGUCUGCAAUAAACAAUUCGCAGAUGUCAGCUGUUUGAAUAAACAUUACAGAGUUCAUUCGAGUGAAAAGCCGCAUUCUUGUAGUGUUUGCCAUAAAGGUUUUGUCUUGAAACAACACUUAAGGCUCCAUUACUUAAGCCACACCGGAGAGAAACCUUUUAUGUGUAAUAUAUGCUACAAGGGAUUUGCUAGCAGUAAUGGUCUCAAAUCCCAUCGCCAGAGCCACGUCGAUGAAAAACCCUACGAAUGUGAUGUCUGCCACAAAAAAUUCAGAGAUAAGAAAUAUUUCAGGAAGCAUUAUAAAAUGCACGGCAUUGAAAAUCCUCCGUGAAAAGAUGAUAUCUAUGCAAGGAUGAAAAAAGCUAUUAAUUAAUUUUUGUAGGAAUUUUGUACGGAAGUGAUGCAUUUAUCAAUAUUAAAAAAAAAAAGAAUGCAAUGCUUUAUUUGUAGUUGUAGAGGGAGAAAGUUUUGAUACAAAGUUUUUUAUACAUCUGAUUUAUUGUGUAUACUUUUCUUUGUGAAGUUUUCUCUCUGAAAUUAUCAUACAAAGUGCAUUAAUAUUUAUUUUUGUGUGUCCAGGAAGCAUUAUAAAUGCUUUUGCGACUGAAUCAGAAGCUUCCCUAGUUAUCAAGAAACUUGAAAUAGUCCAGAUAAUUUCAAUUUUAUGGAAUGUAUGUUUAGUGCUUAUAAGUAAUAAUCAAAAUUUUUGUAUAUUUGUAAGCAAGACGGAUACUAAGUGACUGAUAUGAUGAACAUAGCUUUUUUUUUAUGUUUAGUGUAUUAAGAUAUUUUAUUGUUAUUUAUUUUAUGUAAUAAUUAGGAAUGUAAUAUCUUUUUCUGACGUAGAAUGAAUUAGUUAAAUUUUUUUAUAGCCUUUUCGUGCUUGUUAUCAUUAUAAGCUGCAUUCUGAAAAGUUAUUUUAUUUUCUCACGGACUCAAUAUUGUGAAGUAAAUAUAUCUAUAGAUUGGGGAUUCUUAGCCUCUAUCUCAUUAAAUUUUCAUGAGAAAUUUUAUUGAAGCAUAAAUAUUUAAAGUGUGAAGGAAUAUUUCUGUAUCGAUACCUGAUCGUGCUCAAGCCGACUACCAUCGCCAAAGCGAAAAAUGGGGAGUUUAACACUUUCAGUCCUUAAAAAAUCUAUGGCUUGUUAGAUUAUAUAUAAGUAUCUUAAAUGUAAAAUUUUAUGAUAUUCUGCAAAUUACUUAACUACAAGGUAUCUGGUCACCUGUAAAGUCAUG